AUGAUAAAACUUUCAUCGACGAUCUUAUGGAUAUCAAGGGACAAUGUGCCUCAAGACGAAAUAGCUCUGAACCUCUUCAUUUCAGCGUUCGCAUCUUUUGUUGAGAAGAACAUCGUCAACGCAUGUGAAUCUAUGAAACAUGUUUUGAGCAAGUCUGAUGCCGAUCUUACGGUUUUGGUAUACACCUUCCUGAAAACUAUGAUCGAUCAGCCAAUUGCAUCUUCCCUUGAAUCUGAUCUCAAGCGGAAGAAAAACGUUUGCAACCGCGUUGUACUAUUUCUCAAGCAUAUGGAUGUGUAUGAUAGAGUUGCAACAACCAAAAUUCUUAUGUCUGAUCAGCGAAAUUCUCGAACUGGAGCUUCUAUAUUAGAUGAGGUACGUUUAGCUCUUAUCAUCCCACCCGCCUGUUUCAAUAAUUAA